CAAAGCCAUUCUAAAAAAUUUCAAUGAAGUCUCAGUUCCAUUACUUGAUCUCAUUCUCUUGGCUUGCAUUCGUAGUAAGUCAUGCAGCGAUAUCUCCAGAAGUUUAUUGGAAAGUAAAAUUGCCCAACACGCUGAUGCCUAAAGUGAUCAAAGAUUUUCUUCCCCACACAGAUCAUAAUUUCAACGGUAACAUUGUGCCUUGGCAUCAUGCUGCUACAGAGGAAGAGAUUCAUGAAUUGAAAGUAAACCGCGGUAAAAUUGGUUCUGGAAUGCUCCAUUGGUAUUGUGCUGCUACAGAGGAAGAGAUUCGUGAGCUAAAAGAUGAUAACAAUAAUUUUAUUUACAAACCUUUCUUCUUCGAAAAUGACUUGACGAAAGGAAAUAUUAUCAACUUUCCCUCUUUGAAACAUAAAAAUGAUGCACCAUUUUUGCCUCGCCAAUCAACCAUUCCCUUCUCAUCCAAAAAAUUCACUGAAAUUCUAAACCAUUUCUCAAUCGAUAGUAAUUCAAACGAUGCUCAAAUAAUCAAGGAAACAAUCUAUCUAUGUGAAGAGCCAGAUCUCCAUAAAGAGAAGAAAUUUUGUGCAACUUCAUUAGAGUCGAUGGUAGAUUUCAUGUUAUCCGAGCUAGGAACCAACAAUAUCGAAGCAAUUACAACAGAGGUAGAAGGGGAAAGUAGUCAAAUAAUUCAGAGAUAUACCAUGGAAAAAGUUGAAGAAAUUGCGGAUGGGAAUAACAUGGUGUGCCACAAAAUAAACUAUCCAUACGCAGUGCAUUAUUGUCAUGUUGGAGGAAGAACAAAGACGUUCAUGGUAUCAAUGAUAGGUGUUGAUGGAACAAAAGUUAAAGCGCUAUCAGUAUGCCACCAAGAUACUUCCUUUUGGAAUCCAAAGGGAAUACCUUUUGUAAUGUUCAAUGUUAAGCCUGGAACUACCCCUUUUUGUCAUUUCCUUCCAAGUGAUCAAAUUGUCAUUUUCCCUUCAAAAGAGGCCACCAAUUAGGCUAUCUCAUAAUUAAACUUAAUCCUAAGAGUAUGUUGUGUGAUUACAGAAUAUAUAAUCAUGGUAGCUAUUAUUUCUAUUA